UGCCACGUCAGACAGUGCCACGUAAGCAGUGCCACAUCAGCAGUGCCACGUCAGACACAGUGCCACAUCAGCAGUGCCACCUCACACACAGUGCCACGUCAGACAAAGUGCCACGUCAGCAACAUGACGGGCCUGCCAGGGCAACUGCCCAACGAGUCCCUUGCAGCCUACAAGCAGCGGUUCCAGGCUCAGAUCGAGGCUGAGGAACAACGCCAGCUGGCAGCCGAGGCUGCCCGCGUACAGGCUGAAGAGGCAGCAGCAGCAGAACAACUGCAGCUACAGGCCGAUGCAGACGCAGAUGCCCAGGCUCGCCGCAAGAAAGCCCAGGAUCUGCUGCAGCGGCAUGAAGCCAACAGCAUCGACAGACUCAAGUACUGGCAUUUUGAACCGAACGGCGACGAGGCAACACCGGAAGAGAAGCACAAGGAGUUCCUCUCCAAACUCGUGACGCGGUUGUUGUAUGCUUGCAACUACCAACGGUCAGAGUUGGAGAGACAAUACCAGGACCUGACGCAACAGCAUCAGGAGUUGGCACAGCUCCGCCGCAUAGUGCAGAGCCACGAGGAUGCAACUCGGGCACUCAAUGCCCGAUUGUUGGACCUGGAACAGGCUGUACCGGGACCAGCUGCUGGGGCUUCCAGCAGUGCACCCUCUAGCCGCCAACUGGAGUACCGCGUUGACCACGUAGUGGCAAUGCUCGGCGACAUCAACACUUUCGCUGCGCCGACCACCACCAUCAGCAGUCAGCUGCAAACAUUGAAGACCGAGGUCCAGCAGCUGCAGACGACGAACGCGGAUGGCAAUCUGAAAAUGUAUAAGAUGCCAACUUUCAAUCUGGAGAGGUUCGACGACUACACGCAGCAGGAUCCGGUCCUCUGGUGGGAAGCAUUCACAAUGCAACUCAGGAUUCUGCCGGUAGCCAAGCAUGCGUACAUCGGCGCCCUGUUCCUGAACUCAAAGGGCGGAUGCCAGACCUGGUUGAGCCACCUGGCAACCUCCCACGGCGUCGACGUACCAGACUUGAAGGACCAAAUCACAUGGGAGGAACUGACACGGCUGUGGAAGAAGCGGUUCAUCGUCGACGACGCGCCGACACUCGCCAUCAACCGUCUGUUCACCAUGUCACAGGGCAACACUGCAACACGGGACUGGCUCACGGAGUGGCAGAAGAUUGCGGCAGUGCCCAAUCUGGACCUGCCUUUCACUCAUCUCAGACGUGAGUUCUACAACAGAUCCUGCGCUGCAUUGAGCCAGACUCUUGGUGAUCGCGAGCAGUACUCCACUUUCGUCGAGAUUAUCGACAAGGUGAGAGAGAUCAUCAAGACCAACAGGUCAGCUGCACACGAGAAGUCACCAUGGCAGCCGGCCUAUGUGGAGAAGGUACGAACUGGUCCGCGACAGCAGCACUUCGCUGCAGUCCAGCAGGACAGUGGAGAUAAUCCAGCAGCCACUCCAGCAUCAAGUGACGGAGAUCAGGUGGCUGCUGUCCAGCCGCGAAGCAACAACAAGUCCCGCAACAAUGGGAAGGCGAAAUCCGCAUCGCAGGCCGGAUAUGGACAUCCAAGACAAUUUCCAUGGGUCAAGUUUGGCUUGACCGAGGCGGAGUACAAGGUCUGCGGCCGCUAUGGCAGCUGCUACUGGUACAAUAGCACCAAGCACAAGACCUCCCUGUGCCAAGAUCAGGGCAAGGAGGAUGUGCGACCCCGCCUCAGCUCGGGAAACUGAGCUCCGCGGAAG